AUGAUCUGCCGGCAGUGCCUCCGUCGAGCAUCCGCUCUACGCGUUCAAUACAAACCCCUCCGCUUCAUCUCCUCGACGCCCACUCCCAGUUCCGCAGCCGCCGCGACAUCAACCGGUGUCGCACAGCCCUUCUCCAACCCACUCGAGCCCUCAGGGACAACCCAACGACCCAAAGCACGCUCCACACCACUCCCAGUCUCCUCUGUGCCUGCUGGGACACCGCUCAAAGGCCUCAACUAUAUAAAAGGCCGUGAUGACCCAGUGGCCCUCGAAGAACACGAGUACCCGGAAUGGUUGUGGACUUGUCUGGAUCAGAAGAAGGCCGUGGACGACUUAGACGACUCUGCUGGUGAUGAAUUCUCGAAAUCGAAAAAGCUCCGCCGUAAAGCAGCAAAGCGCCAACGGAAGUUAGAAGAAAAAUUGCGUCUAUCCGGCGAGGUUAUAGAAGAAAAGAUUCCGGUCACGAGACAGAGUAUUGAUCUGCCAGCUAAUGAGACGGGGACAGUGGAAGGGGCCAUGGAGGCCGGGCGUGCUAGGGAAGAGUUGAGAAUUAAUAUGAGAAAGGAACGUAGGAGCAGCAUCAAGGAGAAGAACUUCUUGAAGAGUAUGUGA